AAUCCAGUAGCAAAAAUAGUGGCUGAGAAUUUUUCCUCUGAUUUAUGAAAAAUUAAAAACUUCCUUUGGCUCAAACCUCUUUUCUUCUACAGUUCUUCAACUUUUCUUCUUCCUACUCUCCACUCUGUUUUUUGCUCCUUUUUUGGGCUGAUUCACCAGUUGAUCUUACUUGUAUACUUGUUUUCUCGGAUCCACCAUUCUUAUAGAUAAACUAUGUGUUUUUCAUCAACAAAUGGUGGAUGAGUUUUCACUUUAUGCAUGAGCGGAAAAACAUCUAGACUCUUCUUUCAACAACAUGGCUUUCUUCAAAGGUUUAGGCAACAUGCGGUUCGUUUUGGUGAGCAAUUCUGGAUAAGGAAUUUUCGUCUAUCCUGGUGGACUCUGAUUUAAUUUGAAGAAUUAUUUUAGAAAAAAUAAAAAAUUAAUUAGCAGUUAUUACUUGCAUCUUUUAGAAUCUGGAAGAAGUAGUGUUACAGUAUCAGGUUCUUUUGUACUACACCACCACGGCUAAACUAUAUUUGCUAGUAACUACUGAUGUUGUGGGGAGAAUUGGAAGAAGAAGAUUUGUUCUGUAUCCCCUGUUUGUCCGUGAGGAUUUGAAGCAGCGCUAGCUAACUGCGGUCCUUCUAUUUUGAUGGACCCUUAUUCCUCUGGAGAGGAACUUGUCGUGAAGACGAGGAAACCUUAUACCAUCACUAAGCAACGAGAGCGAUGGACAGAGGAGGAACACAAUAGGUUCCUAGAAGCCUUGAAACUCCAUGGGCGUGCUUGGCAGCGGAUAGAAGAACACAUAGGAACAAAAACUGCCGUGCAGAUCAGAAGUCAUGCGCAAAAAUUCUUUACAAAGUUAGAAAAGGAGGCUGUUAUAAAGGGAGUCCCAAUAAGUCAAGCACUCGACAUUGAAAUUCCUCCUCCACGGCCUAAAAGGAAACCAAGUAAUCCUUAUCCUCGUAAGACCAGCGUAGCAGUUCCCUCAUCACAGGUGGGAAUAAAAGAUGGAAAAUUAUCAACACCUUUUUCUUCCAUCUGUGAAGAUAGGAACUUAUUUGACCUGGAGAAAGAACCGAUUGCUGAGAAACCUGGUCGAAACGAGAAGCUGGGCAGUGUACAAGAAAACCAGAACAAGAAAAAUUGCUGCCAAGGGUUCACUCUUUUCAAGGAAGGUGCUUCUGCCCCCUCCCUAUCCUUAGGGAAGUCUUUGCAAACACUUGCAGAACCUGCAGGAUCAUGCACUUUAAAUGAGUCUGUGCCUGCCACUAAAGGAGUGAUUAACCAUAAUGUAACAGCUAAAUCUUUUCUUACUGUUGAAUCCAAAGAGCAUCAAAAGUUGGAUAUACUCAACGCUAAACAGUCCUUUCAAAGUAACAGCUCUUGUAACACCUUCGACGGGGGGAAAUCUUGCCAAUCGAAUGAGAAGUUGGCACAAGAUGAGAAAAAAGAUCAACCGAGUCAGCCAGAUCAUUUUGGGGAAUUCUCAAGAAAUGAUAUGCAAGUGCCACACAACUAUCCAAGACAUGUCCCGGUGCAUAUUCUUGAUGGGGCCUUAGGGGUGAAUGGUGCUCAAACAACCCCAGAUAUGUUUUAUCCUGAAUCUGUAAGUCACCAGAUAGGUGGCGUCCAGGGACUCUCAAAUUUGUAUACCAACCCUACUUCAUCUGCCACAUCUGAGCACCAUAGUAAUGCUGCAAUGUCUUCCAUUCGUCAGUCAUUUCCUUGUUUCCACCCUAACUUCACCCCUAUUCGUGAUCCAGAUGAUUACCGAUCGUUUCUUCAACUCUCCUCCACUUUCUCCAGCCUUAUAUUUUCUGCGUUAUUGCAAAACCCAGCAGCACAUGCUGCAGCAAGUUUUGCAGCUAGCUAUUGGCCUUACGCAAAUAUGGAAGCUCCAGUAGAUUCUCCAACAGGUAACACUGCAAGCCAGAUUAAUUCAGCUCCUAGUAUGGCAGCAAUUGCUGCCGCCACUGUAGCAGCUGCAACUGCAUGGUGGGCAGCCCAUGGGCUCCUACCAUUGUGUUCGCCAUUUCAUAGCAGUUCUACCUGUGUUCCUACAUCUGCAACAUCAAUGCAAAUGGAUCCCUGUCAACCUAGUGUAGAGAAGAAUGAAGGAAGAGAGGGAUCUCAUAAUUCUCCCCAUGCUCAACAAGCCGUCCCGGAUUGCUCUGAAGCUUUGCACGAACAACAUUCUGCUUCUGAGUUGCCAACUUCGCCAUCGUCAGAAUCGGAGGAGAGUGAAGGUAGGAAGCUAAAAACUGGGUUAACCGCUGAUAAUACUGAGCAAGGAGCUGCAGUCACUGAAAUUCAUGAGCCAAACACUGGAAAGGGAAGAAAACAGGUAGACCGUUCUUCCUGUGGUUCCAACACACCAUCAAGUAGUGAUUUGGAGACAGAUGCUUUGGAGAAGGAUCAGAAAGGUAAAGAAGAGCCUCAAGAACCUAAUGUUAACCUUCUAGCUGGAGAUGCUGGGAAUCGGCGUGGUAGGAAUUGCAUCAGUCCAAAUGAUUCUUGGAAAGAAGUCUCCGAAGGGGGACGGAUAGCGUUCCAGGCUCUUUUCACCAGAGAGAAGUUGCCUCAAAGCUUUUCUCCUUCAAAUGAUCCGAAAAAUAAGGGAACAAUCAAUCUUGAAAACGUUAAGCAAAAGCCAGACGAGAAAGGUCUAAGUGGAUCGCAGUUAGACCUUAAUGAUCAGGCAUCCGACAUCUGUUCCAGUCAUCAAGCAGUGGAAGAUAAUGUGUUAGUAAUUGGCAACAAAGAAGAUGCUGAAAAAUGCCUACCAAUGAUGGAACUUGGACAAGGAAGGUUGAAAGCUCGUCGUACUGGAUUUAAACCUUACAAAAGGUGCUCAUUGGAGGCCAAAGAUAGCAGGGUGGCAAGUUCAAGCUGUCAGGACGAGGAAAAAAGCGCCAAGAGACUUCGCUUGGAAGGAGAAGCUUCUAUUUGAUGCGUCAAUGCAAUUUUACGAGGGAACCUCUCUUGUUGCAUGGAGUGCGCUAUCUGUCCUGUGAUUAUAUUUUUCCAGUUAUGUUACCUAGUUCUAAUGUGCACGAAACUUGUCGUGUAGGUGUGUACCAUAUACUUUAUGUGCUAUUUUAAUUGAGAGUUAUGCAAAGUAACCUUAAAGAACGAACAAUGAUAGCAAAAUGAAUGGACCUUGAUUGGACCAGUUUCUCUGCAGAAGAA